AUGGGUCAGUGCCUCUGCUGCACCACCGUGGCGCAGUCGGAGGUGGCGCUGCUGGAGAGCUGCGGCAGUUUCCUCGCGACCGCGGGGCCCGGCUGCCACUGCCUCCUCCCGUGGACGCGCAAGGCCGGGACGCUUUCCCUGCGGCUGCGGGAGCACCACAUCCUCAUCCGCUCCAAGACGAAGGACAACGUGUUUGUGAACAUCCGGCUGACGGUGCAGGUGCAGGUGAUCCCCGGCCGGGAGUCCGCCGCCUUCUACGGCGUGGAAAGCCCGGCUGCCGUCAUCCAGAGCUACGUGGAGAACUCCGUGGAGGCGAAGAUCCCGCUCUACAACCUGGACGCCCUCUUCAUCGAGCGGGGCACCAUCUCGCAGCAGCUGAAGGGCGAGACGGACGCCGUCAUCGAGAGCUACGGCUGGGACAUCGUCUCCGCGCUCAUCACGGAGAUCGACCCCGGCGGCGCCAUCACGGAGGCGAUCAACAGCAUUCAGAAGAACCAGCGGCUCCGCGUGGCCGCCGUGGAUGAGGCGGAGACAACAAAAAUGCAGCGCGUGCGGGCGGCGGAGGCGAUCUGUGAGUCGCGGCGGCUGGCGGGGAUGGGGCUGGCGGAGCAGCGGAAGGCCAUCGUGGCGGGCCUGCGAAAGUCCGUUGCGGAGAUGCGGCAGGACGUGCCCGGGCUGAACAACGAGGACGUGCUCAACCUGCUCAUGAUCAACCAGUACUACGACACGAUGAAGAACGUGACGGAGAACAGCUGCGGCAGCCUCCUCUUCAUCGAGGGGGCGAGUGGGCUGCAGUCCUUCUCGAAGGAGCUGCGAAGCGGCGUGGCGCAGACAAUGCGGUAA